CUUGAAGUUAACGCUACCUAUCUGUUUCUGGAUUGCGGCCGUAAGGACGGCAUGUCGUUCAGCAGUUGGCGGUACAGCCUGAUGUACAGAGGACACCAAACUGCUUGGACGCGCAGGAAACACGCUCGUAUCCCCUCGUGUAUAGCUAUUGACACCUGCGUUAAAAAUUUUAUACUGGCCAUGUGCAGGGAGUUAGGUUGUUUUUGGUUCGCUUCGUCGCAGUGUUAGAGUCUUUCCCACUGACUUCCGCUUCACCUAAAGACCAUUAUAAACGAAGCGCUGUUUAACAUAGGCUGAUUCUUAAUAGCUUCGCCUGUAAGACUUGGGCUUGCCGUUCGCUUGGAUUUCAAUCGUUCGCGCUUUGUUAUCUAGCAAUUUUACAGAGUAAACUUGGUCCGCAUAGCGUAAUCGGUUGUUAAACCAUGGAUCACGUUGGCGGUAGCACUGGACUACAUCAUACGCACAGCAGUCACCAUUACCAUGGUGGAUUGCCAGCUGGCGGUAGCGUGGUCAACGUCGGGCCUUCACCCCCAACUGGGCCCAGCCAAGGCCUCCACGACCAUCCACCCAAGCUCACAUUGCUCCAGCGACUGGCCCGGAAGGUAUCGCGCACGCUGCGCCGCGUCCCCAACGUGCCAGGCCUGCUUGUGCUGGCCCUGUGCAGUGUUGCCUUUUGGUUCGGCCGCAUCAGCCUGACCACCUCGCUGCUGCCCGAGCCCACGGGAGGCGCUGCCAACCCCCUGCUGGUGGCCUCCCACCUCACCUCCCAGCGCCGCAGCCUGCACUCGACCGCCUCCUCCUCCUCCUCCGAGGUACGCCUGGUGGGGGCGGCGACCACCACCACCACCGACACCUCCUCCACCGCCUCAGCAGGAGCAGCAGUGCUCCCGGUGAUCGACCCCUACGACCUGCCCGCCUUCGAGGCGGCGGUCACGCGCGGCCUGGAGGCCGUGAAGCCCGCCAUGACGCCCGGGGAGUCGGGAGAGGGGUUCUACCGCACCGUGCCGUUCCAGAUCCUGUCCUGGUACCCCCGCAUCAUGGUGUUCCCCAACUUUGUGGACAAGGCGCGGCGGGAGGAGGUGAUCGCCACCGCCACCAAGCUGCUCUACCCCAGCGGCCUGGCCUACCGCCCUGGCGAGAAGGAGGACGCGGAGCAGCAGGUGCGAACCAGCCGCGGCACCUUCCUGCAGGGUACCAGCUGCCCCGCGCUGACGUGGCUGGAGGAGAAGGUGGCGGCGGUGACAUUCCAGCCGCGGUCGAAUGGAGAGUUCUGGAACGUGCUGAACUACAAGCACUCGCAGCACUACGACUCGCACAUGGACAGCUUCGACCCCAAAGAGUACGGCCCGCAGUACAGUCAGCGCAUCGCCACGGUGAUCGUGGUGCUGUCGGACGAGGGGCUGGUGGGCGGGGAGACGGUGUUCAAGCGGGAGGGCAAGCAGAACGUCAACAAGCCCAUCAGCAACUGGACUGACUGCGACGCGGACGGAGGCCUCAAGUACAAGCCACGUGCCGGAGAUGCCGUACUUUUCUGGAGUGCACUGCCGGACGGAAACUUGGACCCGCACGCACUGCACGGCAGCUGCCCUGUGGUCACCGGGGAUAAGUGGGUGGCUGUGAAGUGGAUUCGCAACAAGGGUGGAUACAACCAGUGAAAAGGAUAAUGGUGUGGUGUGCAAUAGCGACGUGCGCGAAUAAGGACGUGCAUUAAGCGUGCUUAAGAAUGGUAGCCUUUAGUCAAGCUGAUUACUCUAGUGCACUUCCGUGCGAGCAGGGGCCGUGCUAUAAAUAUAAGCUUAUCUAGUACACUAGCAUCAUUGAAGGUGCCUGUUAGUUGCUUCGUUUCAUAUUGUUGCGCGUAGAGCGUGUUGAACCAUGGGGCGUUUGUACGGCACUCUUGGCUGUAUGUAUGUUACGUGACCUUAGUCGUCCUCGUAAUAAAAUUAAACGUGCAUAUUCCGUGUGCUACUUGUUAGAGCUUAUCGGACUAGUUACGCUUUGUCGCGGCGCCGGAUUCCAGUCGCGUUAGUUGGCCCUCGUCGUAAGCGCUUUCACAGUUGCCCUAUACUGUAAUUUCCAAGUUUGUCCAUUAACCGCACCCUACCGACUAUUGUACCAGAAAAAGCCGCAGCCAAGUGGUUGCCUAGUCACUCACUGAAAUGGCCGCAGCAGAGCGAAGAGACGAUCUCGGCAUUGAAGACGGAGAUGACGACGAUAUAGAUGAACAUGAAUUGCGUCGACAGGAAGAGGCGUACCAACGACAAUAUGAGAACGAGCAGACGUGGGAUCAACUACAAGAGGAUGAGUUUGGCAACCUCUUCGUGGAUAAAACAGCGGAGCAGCGCGAACGAAGAAAACGGCUUUUGUCAGCUGCCCAAAGCGCUCGCAUCCGGAAAGGGAUGAUUCGGUACCUUUUGCUGGUGAUCGACCUCUCCCGCGCCGCCUCCGCCCAGGACCUGCGCCCCAGCCGUCUGGGCUGCAUGCUGUCGCUGUGCCGCUCCUUCGUCCGCAAGUUCUUCGACCAGAACCCGCUCAGCCAGCUGGGCAUCGCGGUACUGCGCAACGGUCUGGUGCAGCAGCUCAGCCAGCUGAGCGGCAGCCCGGAGGCGCAGGUGGCGCUGCUGGAGCCCGGGAAGCUGGGCGCUGCCUCCGGCGACGCCUCCCUCCAGAACGCGCUGGACCUGUCGGUGUCGCUGCUGCGGCCGCUGCCGCCGUACGGCACUCGGGAGGUGCUGCUGCUGUUCGCGGCGCUGGCAUCCUGCGACCCGGGCAGCGUGCUGGACAGCGCGAGGAGCUGCAGGGAGAACAACAUACGCGUGUCCAUCGUGGGAGUGGCCGCGGAGGUGUACGUGUGCCGCCGCAUCACGGAGGACACGGGCGGCAGCUACGGCGUGGCGCUGCACGAGCAGCACCUGCAGCAGCUGGUCAUGCAGCACGCAGCGCCGCCGCCGGCAACAGCGGCGCAGGCCAGGGCGGAACUGGUCCGCAUGGGCUUCCCGCAGCGCAGCACCGAGGACGCCUCCAGUGCCGUGUUCGUGGGCUCCGAGGCGCGCCUGGCGCCCGGCAGCUACACCUGCCCGCGCUGCCGCUCCCGGGUGCCCGAGCUGCCCUGCGCCUGCCACACCUGCGGCCUCACGCUCAUCUCCUCGCCCCACCUGGCGCGCUCCUACCACCACCUCUUCCCCGUGCCGCCGUACCAGGAGGACAGCGCGGAAGCAGCGACUGAGGCCUCAGCGGUGCUGGGCCGCCGGCCCGCCAUGCAGCACGAGGUGGAGGCGGGCCCCACCUCCGGAGGCCCCGCGGCGCCCUACUGCUUCGGCUGCCUGCGGGAGGUGGCGGCGCCGGGGCAGCCGGGGCCCCUCACACUGCGGUGCGGGGGCUGCCGGCAUGUGUUUUGCUUCGAGUGCGACGCCUACGUGCACGAGCAGCUGCACAACUGCCCGGGGUGCGAG